UGUCCCUAGCUUCUGGAUCGUUCUCAGUCAUCCGUCCGCUGCGCAGUGCCGACCACAUGACGCGCGCUGCACCUCUUGGCUUCUGAUUUACCACUUCCUUGUGACGUGCGUGUAACUCUGUGUGCUUUGGGUGAACGAGUGCCGCUUCGGUGACGUCGUGGCCGGUGCGCUACGUGUGAGUGAGUACCCCCGUUCGUGACGGUACAUGUGAGUGAUCCCGACGCUUUUCGUGGUAGUCGCGAGACUACCCGUGCCGCCGUGCCGCCCACUCUCACUCCCACGGAGAGCAACCCCUUCCACCGCCGCAGACGCGGUGAUCCCCGCGAACGGCGAUGGCCAGCGGUGCCUUGCCCGCUGGGCCCAUGCUCUGCGCCACCGACUCCCGACACAUGGCGCAAACGAUGACGCCACCGCCUCAACAGCAGCAGCAGACGUUGAAUCAGUACUCUCACGCCGCCUCCCUCGGACUUAUUACACAGCAGCAGAUGCAUCAGCACCAGCAGCAACAACAGCACAUUCAGCAACAGCAGCAGCAGCAGCAGCAGCAACAACAGCAACAACAGCAGCAGCAGCAGCAACAGCAGCAGCAACAGCAGCAGCAGCAGCAAGCGGCUCAGAUGGCCGAAGCCCAACAGCAGCAGCAACAGCAACUAGCCGCGGGCUACCAUCUCGGCGCGUACGCAGGAUACAACGGAUACAGAGUCCAGUCCCGGACGCAGAACCUCGCCUACAGAAUGAUGCUCAACCAGACAGACCUCAUGGGGACCCAUGAGUCCCCGUUCAGCACAGACGAACAGUUCAUGUACGACCCGUCCGAGGAGGACAAGAACGCGUACUGCAACCUGCAGCCCAUCGGCCUGGACGGUUCAGACCACGUGACACCCUCCUUACAACACAUGGACCUCAUGGCUCCCUCCAGGCCCAUACCUUACGAAGGCGACACGUUCCCGACGGACGUGCUGGACCUGGGCGAGAGCCGGUGGCAGAGCCUGCCCAUCCAGCACUGGCAGUCCCACGACGUGCUCGAGUGGCUGGUCGCCUGGACGAGCCACAACCAGGUGGAGAUCGUGGACGACGAGAUCAACAUGACCGCGUUCGCCUCCUUCACCGGCGAGCACCUGUGCCGCAUGAGCCUCGACGAGUUCCGCGCCCACGCGCCCUCCUACGGACACCGCCUGUACGAGGAGGUGCAGCGACACCUGGGCAACAGCACGGCGGCCGCGGCCGCGUCGCGCAAUGUCAUGGGCAUGUCGGACGCCUACUUCGAACCCGAGAAAUACGCCUUCCACCCUCGCUAUUUCGACACUCUAGAAAUCCAGAACAGUAGUCCUGGUUCUGAAAACGUGACGUCAUCGGGGUCCCCGGGUCUCGCCGAGUCGGACAGCGGCAGCACCAGCAGCAGCCUGAGCACCGUCAACGAGCGGACGGAGAACCUCUUCCCGUACAUGCCGCACGACACGCGGAUACUCGCCAAGCAGAUGCCCCCUCCCAUGCCCAUGAUGGGCAAAAAGAAAGGACGCAGGGGCAGGCCCCCCAUCAAAGAGGCCAAAGUGCGCAGCCGAGCAGGCAAAGGCAUGGGCAAGCUGUGGGAGUUCAUCCGCGACCUGCUGCUGAACCCGUCGACCAACCCGAGCCUCAUACGAUGGGAGAGGCGCGAGGACGGCAUCUUCAAGUUCGUCCAGUCCGACAAGGUCGCCAAGAUGUGGGGCGACCGCAAGCAGAACCCGCGCAUGACCUACGAGAAGCUCAGCCGGGCCAUGAGAUACUACUACAAAAGCCAGGUCCUCCUACCGGUGUUUGGACGACGGCUCGUGUACAAAUUUGGUCCCAACGCCACUGGAUGGAGACCAUAAAGCUUGAAGGCUGCAGGCCCCCUCGUUCUCUGCAACAACCACGAACAGAACCACAUCACGAUUGCAGCUGGAACGACAGAGAACUUAUGUACCCGCAUGUUCGUAGAGCGCUGCAUACCUUUUUUUUUUAUGUCUCCUUCGUUGUUAUUUUGCAUCUUCUUACGGGAACAAUCGCUCUAGAGUGCGUUUGACAGGCCUCAUUUUGAUGGCUGUCACACACGUGCAUUUUUUUUAACUUUGACAUUUUUUCCUUGCUGUUGUAACACAGACUCGACGUGUAUGACUCCCAUCCCAAUUUCGUUUUCUUUCUGCCUCCUUUGCCCCAUUGUUUAUCAGUGUGCAUCCUUUGAUUCUCGUUUAAUCCCUGUUUUGAUCUUUUUGUUCAUUUGCAUCCCCUGUGAGUGCAUGUGUGUUUGUGAGCGUGUGCGCGCGUACGUUGUUUGUUUCAAAAAGAGUGCGACGUACACACGCCGCUUGGUCCCGGGACGGAGUAACGCAAUGUUUAACAAUCGUCGUCCCUGUGACGACGGGGGCUGAUGCUUCAGGGAAGUGAUGAUGAACGAAGCCGUCAGCGUUCACAUACUUUCGGCGGUAUUGUUUAGGUCCCCAUAUAGUGCGGGUGGGGGGACGGUUCUGGUGGCGCAGAAAUGGGGAGCGGAAAAAAAGGCUUAACAAACGUUUGGCAGACGCUGGCGUCUGUCGUCUGCUCGGCACGCGCUCCGUGCAGACGACGCUAGACACGAAACGCUCGAGCUGAUUCGCUUCCGAGCAGACGACACAUGAGCGCUCGACGUUUCGCCGGUGCGCUGGAGGAUAUUUCCCUGCCAAACGUUGUGGAGCAGUCGUCGCGCAUGCUUUGGCAAAGCUCGAAGCGCUAUGGCAAAAUACGCUAAAUCGGCGAUGCAGAGAAGGUUUCACAUUGAGUACACUAUGAUUCCUGACAAUGUGCAAUUCUUAUACCACUGCUCUAUUCAUUCCACUCACCGCUGGCGUCGCUGUCUUAAUGGCGAACUAGCGGGGGGUUUUCGUUCUUAUAAAGUUUUAAAGUUUACGUCGCUCUAGUCGUAAAGAAGAAGAGAAAAUAAAAAGCAAUAUUAUGUCAUCGUUCCAUUCCAGCACGUCACGUAUAUGUCAAUGCAGUGACGAUGCUGCGUGAAGAGUCUUUACGGCCGCCUGCAUAAAUGCUGCUGAAAAACUGUUUUUAUAUUUUUGCUGACAGCUUGUUUACGUGAAACACUGCGUAGAGCAUGUUGUUCUGUGCGGACGAGUUUUGACGUGCCAGAUUCGUUCACUGGUGUUGGUCGUGCUGUGCAACUUUGUGCGUGCUGUGCCAGUGGAGUUGUGCUUUCUCGUCAAGCGUCGGAACGGCGAUGGUGGUAGCGCAUUAAGUUAUUCGUCGUCGUUGAUCAGUCGCUUGUCGGCAGGUUACAACUGAAAUUGAAAAGGUCGUUGGUUACGAACGUUCGAUGAGCGGUUUGCAUUUCUGUUGACUUCAAAGCCUCUCCGAAUCAUUUCACUAAUGUACGGCUGCUCAAGCGAAUUGCAGCGUAAUCACUAGGGCUGGAUAGCGGCAACCAGAUAAACAGGAAUGAAAGAUCGGGAUAGGCCAACGGGUCUCACUAAGGUUGUGCGGGCUGGUGAACAAAAACUUAAUGGCUUACCGCUGCUGACUGCCAACAUGUUUCGAAAGAAAUCACUUCGGCCUCCUUGUGCAUACGUACACAUUGUGCUGGACUCCGAAAGGAAACAACUAUAGUUAGUAUGCUGAUAUCGAUUACGGCUGACGCAUGGCACGAAGGCCCGCGAGGCCUACUUAUGCGUCUAGAUGGCUAACCAACGUGCCACGUAACGUAGUUGUUGUGGCAGAGUCGAGGCUGUGUUGCGGUCUGUCGGUUUUAUCCCAAAUUCUUCGUUCGCUUUAACAUUGAUCCGUGCUGUACUUCCGAUUACUGCGAGGCCGCCCGGGAGAAGUCGUCACGUAUUUGUAGCAAUCUUAGUGCACCGCACGUAGGCACGCGGUGGUUACGCACAAACGAAAGCUGGCUCUCAGCGGAACGGUGAAGCCUGUACAUUGUCUCCUCUGUCAUAUGUGCAAUCAUCGACGAAACAUACUCAUGUCGAGCAGUCAUUCCCUGCCCGGAUGUUCAUAUUAGCGCCCACGCUGCCGGUAACUUACUUGAUUUACUGGUUUUGUGUCAUGAAAUCUUUCUUAUUUUCAUCGUUCUCUUUCAUUUGUUUGUGAGCUCUGUGGGGAAGAGAGAGAGAAAAAAAAAAUGAGGCGACAAGGAUUGGUGCGUCCUUAACGUGAAGCGACAUCCUGUACAAAGCCUUGUGUAUAAAGAUGCCAGAACAGUAUUUUUUUUUUAUUCGGGUGUUCUCACGCACGAGCGUUCCAGGCAACAUCAUUUGUGUUAACACCUUUUCUUAUAUCGCGAGACAUAAAUUGCAUUCCCAUCUUUUCAACAUAACGCGUACAUAAUGUGUAUCCAGAAUUUUUUGUUGUCACUUGUUCCUCGCCUUCGCCUUUUGUUUUUUGUUUUUCCUUUUCUUUCUGGUACCCUGCAUUUCUCGAACACAGGGCUAUCGCAGCUACAAAAGCAGCAGCGGUCCCGGUUCCGAGCCACGAGAGACAUUAUUUCGAAGCGCAAAUUGAAAAUUGAAAUGUGAAAAUUACAGCGCCCCGGGAGAUAAGCAAUCUGCCCACGUUGCCGUCCAUGUCCGCGGUCCAAACUUGUACGAAUACAAAGUGCGCUUAAAAUCUUUUACGAUCAGACUCGGAGAAAAUUGCGUUGCCUGCCGCACUAUAGGGUGAGCCAAUGUCGUGUUAAGGAGUUGUGCGAUUCUACCCUCAUCCUGUGCAGGUCUCUCAUUUUGUCUCGUAAUAUUUGCACAACCCCUCUUAACCGGACUUUGACAACUUGCGCGGCGAUAAACUUUACUGGUUCUACGCCGUUUCGACACGGUAAAAAUUCAUACGGGGCCGAAUGCAAACAGUUCACCGGUGAAUCACCGUAGUCCACAGCUUAACAUCCACUAUUGUAAAACAUAGUAGUACGUACCGAUUACACUUGGCUUCAAAACAAGUAGUAUACGAAUAGCACUUUUUAUGAGACCUAAUUGAGUAUAAAUCAAAUAGUGCCUGAAACGAAUCGAAUAUGCGUGAAAUAGCGCUAGAAGAGAACCGAAUCGAAUAUUGAAUAUUUUUCGAAUAUUUUGCGAAUAAUGUGCAACCGUGUCGCCAUUAAUAUCUAACAAUUUUAACAUCCUGGUAUUCGAUAGAAAGUUUCUGUCAUUACACAGCGUAAUAUAAAGCUUUCUUUAUUAACAGCACGAAGGUAGUAUUAGAACCUACUAAGCAGGUUGUUCGCGAAUUCGGGACUUUUAGGAAAAUACGCGGCCAAGCAUUAUCAGGUUAUAAAGGUAACCUUUUGGACCACUUAAUAUGCGCGUAUACCGUAGGGACCAUACGCAUGCCUGCCGUUUGCGGCAACGGCAAAAUGGAAAAAAAAGAUGAAGCACCUUUUUUCCACAGCUAAAAUUGUCGCGGCAGGUGGUACCACUAUUUUAUAAGGCAUGCUGCAAUGAAGCGUGUUCCGAUUCCAAUCUGACGAGAGGACACAGAAGCUGCAUCCAUAAAUAGCGCAAACAUAUACCCACUGCUCGUAGCCGUGUCUAAACGACAUUUUAUUCCUAAUGAUCGUGCAUAGUUGGAGAAGUCUGGCUGACUAAGCGACGCUGCGUGCUGUGGGACGUUAUGUCCAGCGUAUAUGUGAUAAAAAAAUACCGCAUUUUCCCUUUAAUUAAAUGCUUGAUCGUCUGCAGUGGACUACGUAAGGUAUUGUAAAAAAAUAUUCGUAUUUUUCAAAUUGAGACAAUUCGAUUCGGGGACCUCAUCGAACAAUGACUAUUCGAUUCGAAGAACUAAUCAAAUAGCACGAUAUCCGUUUCGUUAUUCAAAAAGUUUCGGACAUUCGCACACCCCUAAAACAAGUGAUCCCUAGAACGGUUGUGCGAAACGCGCUUUUUUUUGCAUUUAAUCAUUUAGCUAAUGAAGGUGUCAGUGUUGUGCCCUAAACCAGAUGCCGCACAGGGAAGCAACUCCUGCAAUCUGUGGAGUUGAUCUGUGGAGACGAGAAGCGAUCAACGCUGUCUCGUUCACGGGUGACGGAACGGUUCCGCUGCUGCAUUUGUAUUUUUUCUUUCAUCUCGUGAAAGAGCUCUGCAUCGGACAUGUACAUUUCUUACUGAAUACUCCCGCUCCGGCUGGUCCUUUACCAGCUGCGGCUGUUCUUUUUGUAUCUUUUCCGGGUUGACGUCACUGCGCUCCGCGAGUACUUAAGGAAAGCAGGUCAAGACUGAUGUUUGAAAGUGUGGUCUUGUUUGCCUUGGCGCCGCAGUCAUGUCUCCUUUUCUAUUUCUCUAUUAUCGAUUGUUGUGUGAAAUUGAGAGAGAGAGAGAAAGAGUCCCAAGUUGCUCAACAGUUCUCUGUUCUCUUAUGAACUCUUUCAGUAUUGACAAAACCAUUGUGCCUUCAAAAAACAGAGACUUAGGAGCCAAGUGACUACCAUUGAAUUGUAAAGUGCGCGUGAUGACACGGGUGCACUGCUCUUGAAACAAGAGCGCCAAGUUCUAACAGUGCUCUGACGUCAUCGUGCGCGACUGCCUCAGUUUCGAAGGGACGGUGCGUUCCAGCUGCGUUGGACGUCUAAGUGAUGAGCUCUUGCAGCUCGCUCGCUGUGGUUACGGUCAAGUCCUACGUCGUUCGCACUUGCGCAGUUAACCCGACCCGGUACGGUACCUGCUCUCGGCGCAAUUAGGAAAGAAAAAAAAAAUUUAGUCUGACUAUUUUGCGAAACUGUAUCGAAGAACGCCGACCUUAUGUAAGGGUAUAAAUCAAACUCGAUCUCGAUAAUCGCUUGGAUCGGUAGUUUAGCAGUCCGCCAUCCCCAUUGCGUUGCAAAUAGCAAUGUGUCAUGGAAAAAAGCAAUAUAUAUAUAAAAUACGAAUCGUUAGCACAUGCACACGCUAACGCUUACAUUAAUGUGAAGACACACAAAAUACGGAUAAAAGAAACAAUUAAAACGGCUAAACAACAAGAUCAAGCGUACAUUGGAAAUACACGAGUCACUAGUACGGGAAGCACACUCGAAAAUAAGUGUUUCUUUGCAAGGGCACCGUUGCGCUGUGCGACUGUUAUUAGCUCUGUACUCUACACUCACCGCUUUAUUGUCGUAACAGAUGUGGUGCAGCAUUUAGACGUUGGCGCGGCAGCUGGAAUUCAUGUUCCUUUCGGAGGCCCUGGCCAAUCCAGUCAUUGCGGUAGCACGAACUUGCAUUGAGUGGGUCUUUGAGGGCACCCCUUUCGCCUUCAGGUGCUUUCAGUGUGGUCCAACUUGGAAAUGCCGAUUUGUCUCUGUUUUGUAAUAUACGUGUCCUGCCUUCAAGAGAGAGAGAAAAAAAAACCUAUGGCAUCGCUAAACGUGUGCCCUGUUGAUACCUGUGACUAUAUUUUACGAGACGAAAAGAAGAGAGAUAAAGAAAAAGAACUAAGUAUAUUUGAGAGAUGAGUUUUUUUUAUAAACAACAGAGCUACUUUAUAUAUAUAAAUAUAUUAUAUGUAUACUAUAAACCUCUCUGUACGCCAGUCGCAUUGUUCUCUAACUUUUUUUUUUCGACUCGACCAUCCUGUUUAUUUACCUGUGUACGAGAGAGACAAGAUUCCAAAUAAAGACUACUUGUAGAUAGCCACAAC